GUGGUGCGUCACGUCAUCUCCGGUGUCUGACUUUGCCGGCGGCUUUGUCGUUCACCUCUGCCAAUCCUCGUCCUCGCCCUCAUCCAAUUCCUCUGCCAGCUCCUUUGGCCUGCCGAAGGGUAACUCUUUCGCCCUGAGUUCAAAAAACUCUGCAAAUGCCUCGCUGGGAUCGCAUUUCAAAUUAGAAAUUCUUUUUUUCGUGGUUCCGAGUAGCACAUGGCCCAAAAGCUUACCCAUUCGUUUCGGCAGGGGGACUUUAAAUAUCUUUAAUUUGUGUCUUCAUGGGGGUUAAAAAAUUGAAUGUGAAAAUAUAAAAAAAUCUUAGGGCAUUGACCAUCAAAGAUAGUAACCGAUUUUCCCUUUCGCAAGCGGUUUUCACAUUUUUUUUUUAAAUGUUAUGAUUUUAAAUUGUUUAAUUAUUUAUUGAAGUCAUAAGGGUUGAUGAUAUAUUAGCCAAUAAUUUUUCGUGCCGAAUCUCGGGGUAAAACUUUAUAGGUGAAAUCUCUUACAAAAUAUUGUGCUAAAAAGUAUGCUAUGCAAGAUUUAUUCUGAAAACCCCCUCUUAACCAAGUUCUGGCUACGCCACUGGCGACUGUUUGCACUUAUUGGUUCAUCCGAGGAUCUGCUUGCCACUUGAAUGAUUAACUGAUCAUAAAAUGAUAUUUCUUAAUUUCUUAUCCCCUUAAUAGCAAAAAACAGCGGCUAAAUUUCUUAUGAAAAUUUGCUUUCUAUAUAAAUUGAAAAAUAAACCCUUAAUUUUGGACCACUAGUGAAGCUGUGGUUAGCAACAUACUUCACAUACCGAGUAGUCAUAAUGACUCAUGGAAACACCAUUCCUAUUUCGUCAUGACUGUCAAUGACCAACUAAUGGCCUAGCAACAUAAAUCAAGUUUGGCUAUAAAUAGUGCCAAAAGAAAACGGCCCCUAAAUACUAUUAAUGAAAGAGACGACGGUCAGUGAGUAAGAUGACAGGUGAAAUUCCCAGUAGUGGUAAUCUUUUCUUUGAUCAGUGCUCAUUGGGCACAUCAUCUUCAAAGUUCCAAGAAGUCUUUUUAAUAACUUUAAAAAUGAUAUAAGGGCUAUUUUGUGGUUAUUGCGAUAACAUCCAUAACUGAGAGUGUUUGUCAUGUUUAAAAGGGAUUGUACAAAUACAAGUGGUCCAUAUGCGUUUUACACUAAGAACCGCCAAAAUUUGAAUUUCGAAAUGUUCCAAAUUUGGUUGUUGGUCUAAAACAACCGAUAACAUUUAGUACACAGUAAUCGAUAAAGCCAUCGGUUAGACCAUCUCAUCUCCAAUCAGAUGUUUUACGGUUACGUUAUGCCGCGCAAUCCUGUAGAGAAAUGUUGGCCGCCCGCAGAUUACUACGAGAGCCGCGGAUUUCCGGCACCCUGAGCUGGUCCCGCUGGAGCAGCGAUGCCGCCAAGGCAACCACAGAAGCCUCCGUUCUGGCCGAAAGCUUGGAGAAGCGACAGCAACUGCUCAGCGAGCUGGCGGAACCACUGGAUCAGCGAAGCCGGCCCACCAUCGAUCCCAAAGAAACGAGUGUGGUGCUCUUCCCUGGCCAGGGCACACAGUACGUGGGCAUGGGCAAGGAGCUGCUGCGAUUCCCCGGCGCCCGACGCAUCUUCGAGCUGGCCAACGAGGUGCUAAAGUACGAUCUGCUCAAAAUCUGCCUGGAGGGACCGCGUGAGAAGCUGAAUCGCACCGAGCACGCCCAGCUGGCUGUGAUGGUGUCGUCGCUGGCGGCCCUGGAGCAGUUGCGCGAGGAGCGGCCCAAGGCCAUCGAAACGUGUGUGGCCGCCGCCGGCUUCAGUCUGGGCGAGAUUACGGCCUUGGUGUAUGCAGAUGCCCUGCCCUUCGACAAGGCUCUGCGACUGGUGCAAGUCCGAGCCACCGCCAUGCAGGCGGCGUGCGAUCAGGCAGCUGGGGCCAUGGCCAUGACGAUCUACGGACCGGACACCAAUCUGGGCGAGGCCUGUGCCCGUGCGCAGCAGUGGUGCCUGGACAAGGGAGUGGAGUCGCCCUACUGCGGCGUCGCCAACUACAUGUACCCGCACUGCAAGGUGGUGGCCGGCAACGUGGAGGCCCUCGAGUUCCUGGAACAGAACGCCAAAGCCCUCAAGAUUCGGCGGAUGAAGAGAUUGGCUGUGAGCGGCGCCUUCCACACGCCGCUGAUGCAAAGCGCCGUGGAGCCCUUCACCAAGGCCCUGAAAUCAGUGCGGCUGCAGGAUCCCGUCAUCCGGGUUUACUCCAAUGUGGACGGGAAGCCCUAUCGCCAUGCCAAGCACAUUCUCACCCAGCUGCCCAAGCAAAUCGUACGCGCAGUCAAAUGGGAACAGACGCUCCACGAGAUGUACGAGCGCAAGCAGGGCGUGGACUUUCCACGCACCUUCGAAUGUGGUCCUGGCAAGGGACUCGUCCAGGUCCUGGAGAAGGUGAACGCGAAGGCCGCUCAGUCCAGCAUAAAUGUUAUAGCUUAACUUUGUACAUAUAAACAGGCAGUUUGCUUUUAUAAAAAUGUAUAUUUUCUCGGCUAAAAGGAAACAAAAACUUUUGAGUUAUUGGCCUGCGGCAGAUCCUAACUCUUGUCGUCUCGCGAACGCAUUCGAUGUGCGAAGGCUGCGCCCUUGUUCUUGCGGAAGCUCUCGAAGGGAUCAUGCAUAUUGGCACCCACGCCCUGUGGAUCAAGGUGAUUAGAAAAGGGUUCCUUGUGCAUCAGAAUUCCACCUUACCUUGUACAUUUCGCGACGAUCGCGCACCUCACCGCCCGAAAUCGGCGUAUCUAUGCCCUGGUUCUUUGAGCCCAGUCCUGUGCCAGUGCCCGCCCAGCCCAUUUUCAUGAGCAUUUGGUGGCCCUUGUUUGAUUCCUCGAUGAACUCCUGAGGCUUGGCGAAGGUGCUUCCC